UCAGACUAGUGGGAAUGUUGCAUUCAGCCCUGACAUUGCAUGCGCGCGUGCUCCGGAGCGUCGCUCAUAGCGUUCCUAUUUCCGACCGAGCCAUCGAUCGCGAGCGCUUUCGCAACGCAGUUCAACGCCGGUAGUCAUCAAGUCAGGUAGCCACCAGACUUUUCGCCCUUUCGAAAGUAACCCUGGGGUUCCUUUCAAGAGUUGUCGAGCAAUCGGGCACAUUUGUUGAUUCGGUCGCCGAGAGGGUGUCAGCCGCUGCACGCCCGGUGAGGAACGGAGUUCACUAUUCAUCGUCGGGUGAUCCGAUGAUCGGUAGGACCGGCAGAAGAGGAGUCGAUUGCCAGUAGAGGUUUCUCUUACAUACAUAAUGAAGUGGUGACGUUUAACUCGCCAUCUUGAGAAACAGAUCAUCCGAUUUCGUGCGGGUCACGUCUGAUAGUGCGCGGUGCUGCGAUUAAAUCGGAGCAAUUGUAGAGCAAGCUCGAGCGAGCGAGCGAGCGAGCUUUCCAAGAAAUGGCGCUGCUCUGGUGGGAGAAGAUAUGUCUAGUGUUAUUAGCGCUCGCCGGUUUAAGGAUCGUCGUGAAGAUCGGCUUUGUGGCGUGGAAGAAGUUGAUCGCUCCUAAUCUUGGAUUUGGAAUCGAUCUACGAACGCAGGGGAAAUGGGCAGUGGUGACGGGCGCGACGGACGGCAUUGGAAAAGCGUACGCUAAGGCGCUCGCCGAGAUGAAUAUUAACAUUGUCUUGGUAUCACGGUCGUUGUCCAGGCUGAAGGACGUAGCCGCUGAAAUUGAGCGCAAGUAUGAAGUGGAGACUCGCGUCGUAGAAGCCGAUUUAACCGAAGGCCAGGUUGUUUACGCCGAAAUCGCCAAAGUUACUCAAGACUUGGACGUCGGCGUCCUCGUCAACAAUGCCGGCGCGAGCUACGACUAUCCCGAACUGUUCACCGAGGUUUCGGAGGAGAUUCUCGCGAGAAUACUGCAGCUAAAUGUGGCCGGAAUAACCGGAGUCGCGAGAGCGGUGCUGCCCGGCAUGAUGGAACGGGGAAAAGGGGUGCUCAUCAACGUGAGUUCAUCGGCCUCGGCUAUACCGAGCCCAUAUCUAACCGUUUAUGCUGCCAGUAAAGCGUAUAUAAACAAGCUCAGCGCCGACCUUGCUACGGAAGCUGCGUCGAGAGGGGUCGUCGUCCAGUGCGUCCUACCCGGCCCGGUCGCCACAAAGAUGUCUAAGAUCAAAAAAACAUCGUGGAUGGCGCCCAGCCCCGAGAAGUAUGUAAAAACGGCGCUGAAAACGAUCGGAAUCGAGGCGCACACAACCGGUUAUCCACCGCACUGCCUGAUCAUCGGCUUUGUAGACUUACUGCGCUACAUAUGCGAAAGCGGCGCGGUGUGGUUGGUGGCAAAAACAAUGCUCAACCUAAGGCGACGAGCCCUUCGCAGAUCGAAAAUAUUGAAAACUUCGAUAGACUCGACGGACUCGCAAACGGACGCACUUUCUAGUUGAUUCGCGCGUUUUUUUUGUAAUGUUCCUCGUUAACGGUUAACGCGAUGCACUGUUUCGUUAGUCGCCCUCGUAAGUUGCUCCUACUUUGCUACUACUUUGUGUUUAGCAAGGUAUUCCAUCGGUUUGUUUUUUUAUGAAGUGUUUCUUUCUUAAAAACGAAUGAUUAUUCAGUUUUUUGAUGCAACGUCCACAACAAGGCAACAAACUUGCAACAUAAAUUACCACGAGAGAAGAUAGGUGAAAAAUUAUGAGCCAUUAAGAUAAUUUUAGUGCUGACGUAUAUAUUGUUUCGUUUGGAAGAUAGUGCUACUUUUCCCCGACAGGUCUUUGCAGGUAUAUUAUAAAUCUACGGAAUGGACUUUUAUGUAUAACACUGCUUAGUGAUAAAAGGUUUAAACUGGUUGUUUUUGGAAAGAACACCUCGAAAUAUAUUAUGUAUAUUGUACCCACGUAUCUACAGUGGUUGCGAUAAUAAAAUUACUUCUUACGUAA